GAUUUUAUGAGCUGGAGGCUGGAAUUGUUUUUUUUUUCAAGAAAAUGAACUAGGGUAAGUGUACCAGUUAUGGCCAGAGUGGUUCUCUAUUUGGCCAUAGUGAAAAUGUAGAAUGCCUUCAAGAUUUGAAUUAUUAUGAAAGUUUUAAUAGCAAGAAUCUGAAUAUGUCUUGUCAUCAAAACUCUAAAACUCUGAAUAUGUCUUGUCAUCAAAACUAUCUCAAAUAACCAUUUUCAUUUUCAUUUAUUUAGUAUUACAUCAAAUUCAAGAUAAAACUGAAUCAACAAUAUUUCUCCAUAAUACACGGUUCGUGGCUGCCGCUGUCCAUCCUCGGUCGCGCCCGAUGCUCGCCAAGUCACGCUCCACCUGGUCCGCCCAUCGUGCUCUAUGCGCUCCACGCCUUCUUGUGCCAACCGGAUCAGUUGCAAACACUAGCUUUGCAGGGUUGUUGUCCGGCAUUCUUGCAACAUGCCCUGCCCACCGUAUCCUUCCGGCUUUGGUCACCUUCUGGAUGCUGGGUUCGCCGCAGUGCCGGAUUUAAGAGGCCCCCACAUUUCAGGGCCCCCACAAAAUUUAACUUCACAAAAAAAAUGUGAAGCAAGAUUAAAAAUAAUGCAAGAAACUUCUCUAGAAUUGAUUUUUAUCAUAAGAACUUCAAAUUACUGUCUACUGGCCAGAGUAUGUGAUACAUUGGUAUUAUUUUGAGAAAGAUUGCAAUUACUUCUCCAGAUAUUAAUAAAAAUCUAAAUUUUGCCUCCAAAACUUUUUUGUGCAAUUGCUGUAGCAAAAAUACCGGAAAUCCUGAAAAAAUCUUCGACUGAAUUCUAGAGGAACUCCAAACUCUAUGAGUAGCAGAGUCAAAAAUUCCCGCUGAAUUUCUUUUUUUUCUGCCUAGAGUUUUUGAAAACAUUUUGUUGAAUUUUCUAUAGAACUCUUGGAAGAAUUAAUUCUUUAUAAGGCAGUAACAACUGUUUUGCCACCUACUGUUUUUAUUUUUUUCUGUUUUAUAUCAAAUUAUUUCGAGCUUCUUUUUUGGUUUACGCAAAAUUUGUAUAACUAACAACGCCUGCUAUUGUUUUUUGGUACUAAGCAAAGCUUAAACAACAAUUUGGAAGCCAUUUGUAGUCUCAAAAAAUGGCUGAAUUUGACCGCGUGAAGAAAAUUAGCUCAAACUUAUUGUAAAAUUAUAGACACAGAGAACAGACAUCCAGGCUAGACCAAACUUCAUUCGGAAAGUUGUGUAAGGAUUUCAAUCUUAACUUGAGUAAGGUUACAAACCAAUACACGAUGAUAACACUAACGCCACCAAACACCGUAUUGCCACAGUCAGUGGUGAAUUGAAACAUUUCAAGUGGUGAAUUAACCUUUUGGAGCCGAUUUUUUCGCCACUGUCGACGCAACCUCGCUGGUGUCGAACACGUUUGUUAUGCUCGGUUUCAUCGCCGGGGUCGUAUAUGACCCCUCCGGCUCCAAAGGGUUAAAUUAGUAUGGGAAAUCAACCGAUUACAGCGCCACGCUAUUGCCACUUGUGUUGCCGAUUUCAAAUGGCCGUUAAAUUCCUUACACAGUUUCGGAACUGGACUUGGAUGUCUGUUCUCUGUGUUAUAGAUUUGGUAAUUAUUUUAAGAAAUAAUCAAUUUAUGGGUUGACAUGAGCUGAACUAUACACUUUAUAUUAACCCAUGGUAUCCUAAUCCACUCUAAAAUCUCUUUUCCGGCUUUUUGUCGAAGUCGAAAGAAGAAAAGUACCCUAAACGGGCAGUGACAAGAAUAUUGCCACCAGCGCUGGUGGCCUAAACGGGCAGUGGCAACUACAGGGGAUGGCCAAAAUGUUUGGGAUAGGCAUCUUUUUUUUUUCCUCUCACAAAAAUGUUCAACAUGCUGUAACUUUUCAUAAAGUGCAUCAACAAUUCUCAAGUUUUGACUGUUUGUUCACCUAUUAUAUGUACAUGAUUGGUACAAAUUUGAGCUCGAUUGGUUAAUCUUUCGCGAGUUAGAAUCGUUCUGAUAAAACACUAUUUUUUAGAAAACUAACUUUUGAACGGUCAUAUCUUGGAAACCAGUGAACCGAAUCGAAUGAAAUUUUUAACGUUUAUCAACAGUAUAUUGAUACUUGAUAUGACGCCAUAAAAUGUAAUAUUUUCUCACGAUGGACAAAGUUAUACCGGUUUGACAUUUUCACCCAUAUAGAGGAAAAUAAGUCAAAUUUACAAUAUCAUACAAAAAUUACUUAAUGCGUUAUCCUUUCAAUCCAAAUAGGCACUAAUACAUCUUAUCAGAGAUAUCUUGAGAACAGAAGCAGAAAAUCUUUGGAUAUCAAAACUAAAAUUAAAUGACAUUGAUGUAAAAAACUUACAUUUUUUUCAAGAAAGAUCCAAAAAGUUUCAAUCUAUGAUAACUUUUUUCAACGUUCAAAAAGUACCUAUGUUUUAAUGACAUGAGAGGCGUCAAUGUAUUCUUGAUAAACGUUCGAAAGUUCAUUCAAUUUAGUUCACUGGUUUCCGAGAUAUGACAGUUCAUAAAUUAGUUGUCUAAAAAAUAGUGUUUUACGAUAACGAUUCUAGCUUUGCGAAAGAUUAGCCAAUCGAACUCAAAAUUGUACAAAUGAUGCACAUAUAGUAGGUUAACAAACAGUCAAAAUAUGAGAAUUGUUAAUGCACUCUAUGAAGAGUUACAGCGUUUUGAACUUUUUUUGUGAGAGAAAAAAGUUGCCUAUCCCAAACAUUUUGGCCACCCCCUGUAUAUUGCCACUUUCAAAGCUCGUUUUUGGACUAAACGGGCAGUGGCAACUAUAUUGCCACCUAGAUUUGUGAAAGUUUGUUUCAAAAAAAAAAAUGUUUUGAGCAUGUAAUCAUGUAAUCACAAUUUCCAUAAUAUAAAGGGUUAAAAGAUUUUAUUUAGAAAUUUAUUUUCUAAAAGUAUUCUUAGAAUUCUUCAGUUUGAUUUCACUUGGGCACCUGACGAUUUACUCAAAUCGGAGAACACCUAAACUGUUGAAACAUCUUUUAGAUGAAAUCUAGCAUGAAUUUAAGAAUGGUUAUUUUGAAGAGUUUCAGUUUUUUUUUUAAUUAGGAAAUUUGCUUACUGAAAUAAGGCUGGAUCCAUAGAGAACUCCUGAUAAAAGCCAUAGAUUUCUUGAGAAAAAAAUAAAAGAAACUUGUGGCGAAAUUGAUAAAAAGUUUGUCCGGGUUUUCCGCCGAACAUUUUCAUGAAAUUUAAUAGGAAAUUCUAUUGAAAAUUCAGAAAUUCUAUUGGAAAUUGGAAGUCAGAAAUUUCUCCAGGUGCUUCCACCAACUAGCCCACCAAAUUUUGUUCAGCAUUUUCUAUUAUAAUUUCCUUUUUGAUUUCAUAAUUUUGUGGACUCCCCCUUGCACUCGCAUUAGAACUAGCAUUUGUUAAGUGUUCAUUCGUUAUGGUGAUCGACCAGCAACUUUUCCUGAAAUUGCAGCAGGGAUCCACAAGAAAUUCUCUUUGGAUUCCGUAAAAAUGACAGCACCGAUUGCACCACAAAUUCAAGAGAAAUUUCUUGAACAUUUUAGCUAUAAGUUCUAUUUGCAGUUUCUCUAUGAACUCUGGCAUGAAUUUCUACUAAAUCUGGGAUCUAAUGCUGUGAAAUGCAUUUUUCCUGCAUAUAAUUUCCUUUUACCAUUGUAUUCACGCUAGAAUUUCAAAUCUGUUAUGAAUAAAUUCUAUGGGUACCGUUGAUGGGGGUGACAAUGGGUCUGGGGGGUGAGAUUGGGUCAAAACGGAGAAACAUAAAAUUUGAAAUAGCUCAAUAACUAUCGCUAAUUUAUAUUGAAAACUUUAGAUUAUUUCAAAGGGGAGAUGUUUUUACACGUCAUGAUGCAGAAUAAGAUGUUUUGCAAUAAUCGUUUUUUGUAAAAUUUGUGGCUAAACUUAUAUGAUGAAACUACUAGUAAAUCACUCUGAAAAAAAUUCUCCUUCGUAAUGUUUAACACAAGUACUUAACCAUAAAUUUUCUUAUAAGUGGUUAGCUGUAGGUAUUACCUGGUUGAUGUAAUGAAAAAAGCGGGCUGUCAUUGCUCUUUUUAUUUAAAAACCUAAUAUUUUCGACCCUAUGUCUAAAUAUUAAAAAUGGGGGUGAGAUUGGGUCAAGCAAGUUAUCGAAUGCACAUAACCUUAACUAAAAAUUCAACUUGUUAUCCAGUUCCCAUUUGACGUUAGAGUGGGGCCAUGAUUACCGUAUUUUCACUAAAGCACGCUUUCUUUCAAAAAUAUGUCGAGAAGCGUCAAACGAGUGUGUUAAUACGUUUAGUGCCCAAAAUCAGUUAUAACAAUACACCCAUGCGUGUGGACAGCUCCUCUAAUCAUCAGCUAAUCUUUAGUGUACUGCAAUAUCGUAAGCUCACAAAAUAGACUUAACAUAAUAUUUGAACGACCCUCUAUCUUGAGAUGGAGUGAUUUGCUUUAGCAAUAUAGAGGCCAAUGAUCAUGUACAUAAGAGUUUAUAACGGAGGGUUUGGUUAAUCAUUUUUUAUGCAGUAUACAAAAACUAGUAUGUUUUUUUACAAUCAAUCUUUCAUUCUUUCUUCGCCCCUCCUUCAUUGUAAUCUCCCCUACUUUCAUGAAAGUUGAAACUCUUAAUGAGGAUGAUUAUGAUGGCUAAAAAUGGUGAUACAGUAUACAAAUGUUAUUUUAUCAAAUUUCAACCAUUUUUUCGGUUGUAUUAGCCCUUUUAGGUGGAUUUAUAAUCUUUUAAAAUUACCUAAGCUUUUAUUCGUCAUGAUAACAUUGUUUUUAAGUAGGUUUACUAUAUAUGAUCAAUCAAAUUAAUUUAUAUUCUUAGAUAGGUGAUUUCGAAUACUUUGACCCAUUCUCACCCCCUCUAAGGGGUGAGAUUGGAUCAAUUUUCAAUCAGUUGUAGUUUACUAAGCAAUUCAUAUAACGUGAUACUUCCUUGCUAAACUAUCAUUACCACAUAGGAGAGUAUACAUGCCAAAUAAAAAGUUAUUCCGAUUUCAAUUGCAUUUGUUAUUUAACAAACAAUCUUUGAGUAUCCUUUUUUGACCCAUUCUCACCCCCAACGACGGUAUCAACAUUUUACCUAGCUCUGCUUGUUGUUCUACAAAUGCUUCCUCAACGACAUUAAUACCUUCAUCAUUAUAUUUGUAAGAAUGAUUAUUAUUUUUCAUGUUAUAUCGGCAAAAAUAUAUCCUCUAUAUUAAGGCCCCCCACAACACUGUGGCCCCGGGCCCCCACAUUUAUAAAUCCGGUCCUGGUUCGCCGUAAAGUGCAGCGAGCUCGUGGUUCAUUCUUCUCCGCCACACACCGUUCUCCUGCAGACGUCCACACUCCUUAGCACGCGUCGCUCGAAAACUCCGAGUGCUUGCAGGUCCUCCUCGAGCAUGGUCCAUGUCUCGUACCCGUAGAGGAUUACCGGUCUUAUUAGCGUUUUGUACAUGGUGCAUUUGGUGCGUGGGUGAAUCUUUUUCGAACGCAGUUUCUUCUGGAGCCCGUAGUAGGCCCGACCACUAUGGCCAAAUAGAGAACCAGUAUGGUGAUAACUGAUUAACUCAGCCUAAACCGUGACAGUAAAAAAUCAGUAUCCAUCCACGCACACGGAUUGCUGUUAAACAUGAUUAUAUCAUAAUGAGUUAUAAAUAUCUUGGUUUGUAAUAAUUAAUUAUUAUAUUUUUGUUAGAAUCUCCUACUCGGCCUCGUAUUCAGGCCGUUUCUGUAGGGUAACCUUGAGUUUACCCCAUCACCAUGUACCUAUCUAAUAUAAUCUGUAAAUCAUUGUUUAACUCAUUUACUCGUUAUAUGUACUUUUUAAAAGGAAACAAGAGAAGUUGACUGUUUUCCUUUUGAGGGUAAAUUUCCAAUUAAUUAAAACCUAUAAUCUAGGGUUAAUAGCCAGAUAUUGCACGGUUUGGCACAGCUUAUAGACUCGUCAUUUAUGUCGAGGUUAAAUAAAAAGUUAAGCCUUUAUUCUAAAAAUAAACAAUUAAGUCACAGAUCGGCAUAAGUCACAUACGAUCAACGAUCAAUUCUGACUAUACAUGUCAAUGGUUGCUCCUCCUUGAUUGAUCUGAACUGGUACCAGUUGCACUGAGAUCCAACUGAAUAAGGGGCUGGGACAUUCCACUUAUUCUCAAAGCGCAAUUUUAGCAGCUCAUGCAUAUUUGAUCAAUAACGGCGCUGGCCAAGUCCUUAUAGUCAGCUGGGAAGGGAAAGGAAUGUUAGAGUGUACUGGUUGUUGCUACUAGAGACCGAGAGCACUCUGCGUCCCCACAACCCGCACGGACGGGGUAUUUGUUAGACGGAAAGGAUAGGAGAUCUGGGAGUCAUCGUUGGGUCGGUGAUGCGAUCCAUGGAUAGGGUUAUUUAUAGUGUUCGUGAUAGAUUGUGUGGUGAAUAAGGUGAAUAAGGUCAAGCGGCACAGCACGCUUUGGUUGCAUAACUUAUAGGCGUAUAUACACACUGUGCUGGGAGUGGAAGUUGGAAGAAGGGAGGGAAACGACUUUUUUCAAUUCGUUUCUGGUUCUAGCGAUGGCUAUGAACAUAUGAAUAUACAUAAGUUGUAUAUGUAGAGAAGAGAGAGCGAGAGAAAAUGGAUAGAAAGAUACAAAGUAGGAUGACAAGGACGGGCCAGGGAUUGAACCCAUGACCUUCUGCAUACGAAUCAGAAGCGGUAGCCACUAGACCACCAAGCCCGUCUUCACAGAUCGGCAUAAGUCACAUACAACUGAAAAAGUCUAUCAACUCGCCUGUGUUAUUAGAAUUUAUUGGUAUCGGUCGCACUAUGAGAAUGGAUCAAUAUACGAGUCGAGUCGACGAGUGGCUUUUGAUACAUAUAACCAUUAGACUGGGUCAACAAAGUCGAUUUUUUGGAACAAAGCUUUUUCGAUUCCUAUUAGCGUCCAAAACAACUGUGCAAAAUUUGGGAGCGAUUGGUUGCUUCCCAGUAUUCCGCAUUGCGAUUGAAAUUUGUAUGGAAUUUAGUAUGGGAAAACGUGCGUUUUUGCAUUUUUCUCAUAAAUUGAAAGUUCUUGUCUAAAACGAUCUAACUAAUUAAGUUGAAGUAUAGCCUAGGAUAUGCUGAAAAACUUUGCCGAAGACCGCAAAGUGAUCCGAAAAACUUUGCCGAAGACCGCAAAGCCCGGUUAUGCUUAACUUUUAACAUGUAAAGGAAUAACAUCAAUAAUAAAAUCUCAAUUUUUGGCCUAAGUUACCAGGCGAAAAACUUUUUCACAAGCGUCGGAUCACUUUGCGGUCUUCAGCAAAGUUUUUCGACAUAUCCUAGGCUGUAUUUUAGCAUCAUUAGUUACAUGGUAUUAGACCAAAAAAUUCAGCUGAUGAGUAAAAUGCGAAAAAGCACGUUAUCCCAUACUAACUUCCAUACAAAUUUCAAUCGCAAUGCAGGAUACGGGGACGCAACCAAUCGCUCCCAAAUUUUGCACACUUGUUUUGGACGCAAAUACAGAUUGAAAAAGCUUUGAUACGAUCAAAUUUAAAGUUUCUCCAUACAACUUUGACCACCUCCCAUGCAUAUCGUGAUCGAUUUGUCUGUAGCCAUUUAUUGCCAAAAUUAACCAUUAAGCUGCGUUUGUAGUACCGUACCGUAAUCGAGUUAACACUAAUAAACAUACAUUCGGACUCAGACUGUAGCACUCACUACUGAUAUAUCAAAGCAGGGAAUCCCACUACUUCCUUUUUUAGAACCGCUUUUUUUUCUUCGAAUUACGCUAUCUUCGUUUGUUGCUUAUUAUACCUGCUUCGUUAUAUUAUGCGCGACAUCGAACAAGCAGAUGUGCGAAAACGAACAACUAUUAAAACAAGUGUAAACGCGCUUCUAUAUGUUUUUGAUACCAUUAUUCCUUUAUUUGUCCGUGAUUUAGUUUAUUACAACCGAUCCACACUUUUUAUCAUAAUCGCGUGCUUCUACAAACUAUUUGCAAACACUUUUUAUAGGAUUUCUGUUUUUCAGCGAAACACACAAUACUGUUUCUCCUAUCGUACCGGUUUUACCCCAAGUUAACGCUAAUACUUUGUUUGUAUUUCAACUCUCACUGCUGCUCGUAAUCUCAACGCAACGGUGAUUGGGUUCAUGAUCUUGCCCUGGGAAUCCCUCUGCAAUUGUGGAUUGUAGUUUGAACCAUGAAAAAAUCAAAAUUUAAUUAUAACCACGUGGGAAUAAAUCAGUUUUCAAAUUCGAAAUUCAAAAUUCACAGCCGGAGUCAUCGUGUGCACACGGCUUGUGAGUCUUUGCUGAUAGCGGAUAGGAUUUUUCUAGACUCUCCUCCGUGUUGAAGAGCAUCGUCGUGUUACUUGUGAAAGAUCAAGUAUUGUUCUUACCAUUUACAUUUUUGCUUUCACCUUAUCAUUCUGACUAAUAUGCAGCAAUCGAGCGAUCGUGGAAUCCCGCUCAACGUUCUUGCUUAGUUUGCUCGCAACCGUGAGGCGGUGCAGAGGUUUCGAGAGCAUAGAAAAUAAGAAUUUGCAUCAAGAAUGCCAUCAUUAGGCUGGUGCUUGUGCUUUCUGGCUUUAUGGCAUGGUCAGUUGAUUGACGCGUCUCCCAACAAUGGCAUAAUGGUCACUAAGGAAAGUUCGCUCGGAACUCAAGAAACGAGCCCAGAUUCAAUGCCUCAAAAUACACCCGGAAGUCUAGAAAAGAGCCCAGAUUCAAUGCCUCAAAAUACGCCCAGAAGUCAAGAAAAGAGCACAGGACAAUCGCUUCAAAAUACGACCGGAAAUGUAGAAAAGAGUGCAACACCACCACCACCACAAAAUUCGAACUGGAAUCAAAAGAAAUGGAAACUUCAAGGCUAAUCAACCAACAUCAAUCAUCAACUGAUAUCGUUCAACAACAAAAUGUCAACAAAAUUGGAGAAUCGCCAGUACCAACAAAGCAUGAACAAGAUGAAGCACAUCCCAGCAACCCCGCAGAUAGCAGCACCCACCAACUUCACAUCUGCAGUAUAUCGACGCAUUAUUAUGAUUGUCAGAUUCAAGGAGUUCGCAUUAUUGAAGGUGUAUUACAUGGAUUUAGGCAUGAGCCAGAAAAGCAACGGAUUACGUUUAGGGAUUCUGU